AUGGAGAUCAUGGAUCCCUUCGCCUACGAGCUUCAGUCAGUCAACCGCUGCCCCUCGGCUUCGAUCCAUUCUCCGGCAGCGGCGGCGGCUACGAGGCCAUGGACAUGCAUGGAGCAGCUGGACAACUACUUCCGCGCCAUCGGAGUCCUCCCUCCGCUUCCGCCCGCCAAUGCCCACGUCCAGCCGGCGCCCACUGCUUCGUCCUACGACGACGACGACGGUGCCGCCGCCCCGGCUACCUACGACUAUGACAGCGACGACGACGACAUCGGCACCAGCCUCCGGGCCAUGGAGACAGACGCCAGGCAGCGGCCGUCGCGGGGCUGCACGGACGCCGUGGCGCGUGCCGCGCUGGUCCCGUGGAUGCACGACUUCGCCCGGCACUUCGGCGUCGGCCAGGACGCGCUCCACCGCGCCGUCAGCUACGCCGACCGUUUCCUCUCGGCGAGAGCCGUCACGGCCACGGGCGCCGACGACAUCGACGACGACGACUACCAGCUCCGUCUCCUGGGCGCGGCGGCGGUCUACGCCGCGUCCAAGUACGAGGACAGCAGGGACACCGCGCCGAGGAUGAUGAACGCGAGGGACAUCGCCACCUGCUGCGGGUUCGCGGCGAGCCAGGAGGUGCUGGACGCGGAGCGCGCCCUGCUCGCGGCGCUCGGGGACCGGCUCGACGGGCCCACGGCGCACACGUUCGUGGAGCACUUCACGAGGAAGCACGUCGGCCAGGACCGACCUGUCUCUGUUCGACCACCGCUGCGUGAAGCCCUGCCGUCCAAUGUGGCGGCGGCCGCGGUCCUGUGA